AGCGGUACCAGACCAGCUAUAGCAUUCUGCUAAGGAUGGAAGAUUCGGCUGUCUGUCUGUCAGUCGUGAAAGUGGCAUGUUUUGUUGAGGCCCAGUUAGCCACAGCUAUUUUUUUCCUUUAACUCCGUCCUCUGAUCAUUUUUUAUUAUCAACAAUGUACAUUUGAUAAAGUACGGAUUAGAUGUUAUCAAUACAGUGCAGUUCACUUAAAAAUACCUCAACACUCGAGAGAUAUUCUCUUGACAUCCCGUAAAUUAGCACGGUUUCUUCCCUGCAAUUACCAGUGUUAUGCAAAGAUCAAAGCUAUCAUUACAUUACGUGGGAUUUUUAUUUUCGUUAAUGAGUGCGGCGAUGAAAGUGAUAUGAAGAAUUGACGAGCAGUACCAAAUCGGAGAAGAAAACUGCGGAACUGGUGUGCAGCCACGUUUGAAGAAUUCUAGACACGCAGUUUGGACACGUUUGGGCUUUGCGAAAUGGACACCAACGAUCAGUCAGAGUCGAUAAUACUCUAUGCACCGGAAGCAAGUGCAAAAAUCGUCAGCGCACAACGACAAAGAACGGAAGCAAAAUGGACCUUCUGGCUGUUGACGGCAGGCAUUUCCACAACUUUUGGAGCAGCAAUUCCGACAGGCUACAAUAUUGGAGUCAUCAAUGCACCGGCAAAUUACAUAAAAGAGUGGUGCAAUGAAACCAUAUUUGAAACUUAUGGCACAGUUCUAACCGAGGGUGAAUUGGAUACGUUUUGGGCAGUGGUGGUGUCAAUUUUCCUAAUUGGUGGGGUCAUCGGUUCACUUGGUGGAGCGUGGCUAGCCGACAAACUCGGACGAAAACAAUCAUACCUCGCAUGCGGAUUUCUUCUAGUAAUAGGCGGGGUUUGUUUUCAGUUCUGUAGAGCGGUUGGGUCCGUGGAAUUGCUUCUACUGGGGCGAGUACUUGUUGGGUUGGCAGCCGGUCUCACCACGAGUACAGUCCCAAUGUACUUAACAGAGCUAGCACCAAUCGAGCUGCGAGGAGCUCUCGGUGUAUUCUGUUCCAUGGGCGUAACUGGGGGUGUGGUAGUUGGACAAAUAUUGAGUUUGGAGGAAAUCUUCGGAACCGAAGAACUGUGGCAGUUUGCACUUAGCUUCUAUGUACUACUAGUUAUAACAUUUUUCGUCCCAUAUCAUUGGCUUCCGGAAAGUCCAAAGUACCUUUAUGUGAUUAAACAGAGAAGGGAUGAGGCGAUAAAUGAAAUAAAGAGAUUAGGCGGAAAGAACGUCAAGGACGAGUACAUUAGGCAACAAAUAGAAUCCAUGCGUAGUGAGGACGUCCCCAACAGCGUAAGCGAUGACGAGGAGACGCAGCAAACUAAAUCGAAACAGAGAUCACUGUGGUCAGUCUUAACUGACCCCACAUUGGCACUGCCGCUGAUACUAGUGUGUGCCUUACAAGGAGGGCAGCAACUGUCCGGAAUUAAUGCGGUGUUUUUCUACUCCGUGUCUAUUUUUGAGUCGGUGGGACUGAGUUCAACGGGCGCAAAGUUUGCAAAUCUUGGAGCCGGCUGUUUGAAUCUAUUCGUCGCCUUCUUUACACCGAUGUUGAUGGAAAAAUUCAACCGAAGAUUCCUUGCACUUUUGUCCUGUUCCAUGUGUGGGGUGUUCCUGUUUGCGUUAACCUUCAUUGUUUACUUUAUUGAUCACGUUAGCUGGUUUUCAUAUGCAAGCAUCAUCGCAAUACUAUUGUAUAUACUCUUCUACCAAAUUGGUCUAGGACCAAUACCGUACUUCAUCGGAUCAGAACUCUUCGAGGUGGGUCCUCGUCCAGCGGCUAUGGCAAUGGGCAGCAUUGCGUCAUGGGGAUGCAACUUUUUGGUGGCCAUGCUUUUCACCACGCUGCAGAGUGCCUGGGGAGCAUUCGUCUUCUUGCCGUUCACCGUUACCUGUGUGCUGUUAACGUUAUUACUUAAAUACUACUUACCAGAAACCAGAGGGCGACACAUUUCGUCCAUUGUACCUCUCGUAUCGAAUGGCUUCCGAUCAAAACCGUUGGUGCCUUGGUCGUAGAACGUAGAGAUUUUUUUUUUAUUUUCAUGUCUCGCUUUUGAAGAUAAAGUUUAGGAUUUUUCUACCGAUUUUUGCUCAAUUUUAAAUCGCUGCUGACUAUGCUGCUUCACGCCGAGUGAACAAAUACACACAACUCAGAAAACGAAUUUACAGAAUAAACUAGUGCAUCUCACUGCGGAAACAUA